AUGAAAACGUUCCAGUCUGACUGGCAGAGUUUGAACUUCAACUUCAUCUCAGGUGGCGACACUGCGACGUUGGACUUCAUGGAAAUUGUAGACUUGGUGUCUGGGCUUGUUGGGGCAGUCACAUCAAUCAGUGGUGCCAUAAUUACAGCAGUGCCAACACAUCGCCAGUGUAACAUUGAGAUUACAAAUGGCAGCAGUAACUACACUCUUUGUAAUCCCAGGAUGUACACUAGUAGUGGACACUGCCACGAUCCUCUGCCUCCCACAAUACAGCCGUCCUCAUGUGGGGGGGGGAUGUUCACCAAGACUCCGUACGCAGCACGAGGAUCUGUCGGCAUCUUCACCUACGAUCUUCUCAAUUGUUGUGACCAAGCAGCCACAGAACAAAUAGUCGUCAUGUUCAAGGUGCCGUUUGACCUUAACUUGAGGUCCAACAUGUACGCAGUGGGAGUGUUUGACAUCAGCAUAGAGUGCGAUCGCAAUCUUUUUCGUGAGAUGGCAAAGAAUAGGGAGACAACGUUUGUCAGAGGCAAAGCAAAGGGCCCUGUACUCACGCACAAAGGCUACAAUGUUACCAUCACUGCCGCGAUGUCCAACUGCUACACACCUGUCAUGAAGGUGCAGGUGAGCGACUGCUAA